AUGGCGCUGCGGAGCCUGCUGCUGCUGCUGCUGCUUUCGCUGGAGUCCCUCGACCUGCUGUCCGGCGCUCACGCCGCCCGCGGCCGCGCUGCCAACCGGACCCUGAGCUCCGGCGCCGCUGCCGUCGGGGGCCGGCGGCCCGGGGGCGCCCUGGCCCGGGGCGGCCGCGAGCUGAACGGCACCGCCCGGGCGCCUGGAGUCUCGGAGGCGGGGAGCCGGCGGGGACAACCCGCGGCGGCGGUAGCGGCGGCGGCGGCGGCCAGCGCGACCGUCACCUACGAGACGUGCUGGGGCUACUACGACGUGAGCGGCCAGUACGACAAGGAGUUCGAAUGUAACAACAGCGAGAGCGGUUACCUGUACUGCUGCGGCACCUGCUAUUACCGCUUCUGCUGCAAGAAGCGCCACGAGAAGCUGGACCAGCGCCAGUGCACCAACUACCAGAGCCCCGUGUGGGUACAGACGCCCAGCACCAAGGUAGUGUCGCCAGGGCCCGAGAACAAGUACGACCCCGAGAAGGACAAGACCAACUUCACCGUCUACAUCACUUGCGGGGUGAUUGCAUUCGUCAUCGUGGCCGGCGUGUUCGCUAAGGUCUCCUAUGAUAAGGCCCACCGCCCUCCGCGGGAGAUGAACAUCCACAGGGCUCUGGCUGACAUCUUAAGACAACAGGGACCAAUCCCCAUAGCACACUGUGAAAGAGAAACUAUCUCGGCAAUCGAUACCUCUCCCAAAGAGAACACUCCGGUCAGAUCAUCCUCCAAAAACCACUACACCCCUGUGCGUACGGCCAAGCAGACCCCAGGGCAUUAUGGGAAGGAUGCUUACCGAAGUGGAGGACCCGAUCUCCAUAACUUCAUCUCAUCUGGAUUUGUCACGUUAGGAAGAGGACACACGAAGGGUGAUCAUCAGUAUAAUCAUCCGAUUUUAAGCAGUGCUACCCAGACCCCUACACAUGAGAAGCCAAGGAUGAACAACAUCCUGACAUCAGCCACCGAGCCCUAUGACCUCUCCUUCUCCCGCUCUUUCCAGAACUUGGCUCACCUUCCCCCCUCCUAUGAGUCUGCAGUGAAGACCAACCCGAGCAAGUACUCAUCUCUGAAGAGGCUAACUGACAAGGAGGCUGAUGAGUAUUACAUGAGACGGAGGCACCUGCCUGAUCUGGCUGCCCGGGGCACUCUCCCCCUCAAUGUCAUCCAGAUGUCACAGCAGAAGCCGUUGCCACGAGAACGACCCCGCAGGCCCAUCCGGGCCAUGUCCCAGGACAGGGUCCUGUCCCCAGAGCGGCGCCUGCCCGAUGAGUUCAGUAUGCCCUACGACCGCAUCCUGUCUGAUGAGCAGCUGCUCUCCACUGAGCGCCUGCACUCCCAGGACCCGCUGCUGUCCCCAGAGCGGACGGCCUUCCCCGAGCAGUCGCUGUCGCGGGCCAUCUCGCACACGGACGUCUUUGUGUCCACGCCCGUGCUGGACCGUUACCGCAUGACCAAGAUGCACUCCCAUCCCAGUGCCUCCAAUAACUCCUAUGCCACCCUGGGCAAGAGUCACUCCACGGCAGCCAAGCGCCACGCCUUUGCCUCACGCAGACACAACACGGUGGAGCAGCUGCACUACAUCCCUGGCCACCACACCUGCUAUACCGCCAGCAAGACUGAAGUGACCGUGUGACUGGCGGGGCCCGGCUGGGGCCAUCUGAUGGGCUGGGACCGGGCAGGGCAGGGCAGGACAGGGCAGGGGUCAGGAGCCUUGUACUUCUCCCUUCCCUGGUCCCCUAUGUGGGAGGUGGGGGUGUGCACCUGGGUUGAGAAAGCCAUACCCCCCAGGGGACACAGCCCCUUGGCCUGGUCCAACACUCAGACCCAGUAUCUGGAGCGACUGCUCUUACUCUUCCAGUAGAGUCCCCGGGGAGUAAGGAGAGAGGCGAGGCCCCAGUCUCACUCCCACACCUUCACAGGCUCCCCUCUGUCCCACGUCCCCUCCUCCCCCUUCUGAGGACUCAGUGGCAGGUUCUGUCAGCCAAAAAGACCCUCUCCUGAUCUGAAGCCGCCUGGGUUGGAACCGGCCAGCGGGUACAGUCAGUGGGCUGACCGAAGAGGCUGCUCGGUCUCAUUCAUUGACCUAGAAUGCAUCACGGAAAUCUUCUAGUGCCUACAAACUGCCUGCUCGCUCUCGCCGUCGGAGAGCUGCUGUGUUCAUAAGCACAAUAACGAUUCUCUUCUGCCUGCUGG